AUGGCUCAGUUCAGGUUGGGUGAAGCUGUUCUUCGUAGCUGGGGCUGGUGGUUCGGGUCACAUGCUCUGCGGGUAGGCUCUGGAAGUCUUGGCCAAUCAGGUGACGCAUACUGCUGGACCUGUGUCGAAGGUGUUGAUGCCGCCACUGUCUCCUUCACCAUGGGUUACUUCUCUUUGACUAUUCGUCAUUUGGCCAAUGACGUCGCUCGCCGCCCAGAGGCCUCUCGGGCACGCACCAGCGCCAUCACCAAGCUAAAGCACGGCGCACCACCACCAACAGCUGCUUUAAGCGCCAUGCAAGCUGUUUCGACGCACCCACAAUCCAACCAUACUCGCCCUCACUACACCCCUGGUCCUUGA